GAAUCUGGAUGCAACGACGCGUUCCCUUGCGCGCCCUUGCUCCCAUUCUUCCGACCACAAAGGGACUUCUUCGUGUCAACUUCACCGCCAUCGCCCGCAUCAAAUUUGGAAACAAACAAGACCUUUCCUUUCAAUUUCCAUUCACACAGCGUCGCGCAGCCCCCAAUUCGCUCCAUUUGCACUCCUCCCUCUUCGUCCUGCGCUGCGCUGCGACAGCGCAACCGCCUUUGUCAUGGCCGAUUACAACUCCAUGAAGGUUCCCGAGCUGAAGAAGCUGCUCGGUGAACGGAGCCUUCCUCAUACCGGCAACAAGGCCGACCUCAUCGCCCGCCUCACAGAGAACGACAAGCAGAAGGCUGCUGAUAGCACGGCGCCCCAGGCUGAACCCGAGCAGCCUGCUGCCGAAGACGAGAUUGACUACGAGGAUGACGACCUCCCAUCAACCAAGAAGGACGCCGUAGCAGAGAAGCCCGCUGCCGCACCUGCCGCCGCAGAGACCAAGCCUGCCACCGCCACGGAAGCGCCCGCUACCACGACAGACACCGCCACCACCACCACCACCGCCACCACCGAAGAAGCCAAGACAACCGAAGCCGCGGCGCCGGCCGCGGAGGCGGCCAAGCCUGCCUUCACGCAGAACCUGCCGCCGACGAACGCGCAGUCCGAGGCCGAGAAGCGCGCCGCGCGCGCCGCCCGCUUCGGCAUCACCGCCGCCGCCGACGCCACUGCCGACGGCGCUGGUGAGGGUGACGGCGAGGCCCAGUCCGAGGAGGCGAAGCUGGCCGCGCGCGUCGCCCGCUUCGGCGUGGCUAACGACCGCGUCUCGGCCCUCGACAGCGCGCUGCCCGACCGUCCGCGCAAGCGCGGCCGUGGGGGUGCUGCUGCCGGUGCGGAGGGGGCGGAGGGUGAGAGCGCUGCUGCUGCUUCUGGUGAGAAGGAGGAAGGCGGGCGUGGUAGCAAGCGCGCGAACCGUGGUGGUGCGGGUGCGGGCGGGAGGAAUCAGCAGCAGCAGCAGAGGCGUGGUGGGAGGGGCCAUGGUGGGAGGAGGCAAGGUGGUGGUGGCGGUGGUGGUGGUGGUGGUGGAAGGGGUGGGAAUGCACAGAAGGGCGGGGAGAAGGGUGCUGCGCGGACGGUGGACCCCGCUGAGAAGGCUAAGCUGGAGGCUAGGGCGAAGAGGUUCGCUGCUGCUGCUUGAGGCUGGGUGGCUACCUACC